AUGGCCGCUGCGACCGCCGCCCCCGGCGCGCCCUCCGAACCCAGCAGCAUCUUCGCCGUCCCCCGUCCCAUCCGCUCCCUCUUCAAGCUCUUCCCGCUGCACACCUACGAGCCGGAGCCUCUUCCCGCCCGCGCGCCAGAACAGUCGCGGCCCCGUGCACAACUAUACAUCUUCUCAUCAGACGAGGAUGCGCUCAAGGGCCGACCAAGCUUCAAUCCCACCUGUUUAAAGUGGCAGACAUAUCUGCGCAUGGCCAACAUCCAAGUCGACCUCGUCCCGUCCACGAACCACGCCUCCCCAUCCGGCGCCUUGCCAUUCCUCCUCCCCCCAACGACCGACUCGAGACCAGACAUUCCCCUCACGGGCACCAACAUAUCCCGCUACGCGCACAAGUACUCCAGCUACUCGUCAGUACGGGAAUCCGCCUGUCCCCGAGCAGAAGCGUACCUCGCGCUAAUAUCCCAAUCCAUCCGUCCAGCAUGGGUAUGUUUCCCCCCCCCGGCCAUCACAACCAACCGCACACUAACCAAACGCCUUCAGCUCCACGCGCUCUACAUCUCGCCCGGGCACACCCCCCUCCUCGCAAGACUAUACCUCCCGCCGUCGCCCCUCGUGUCAACGCCGCUCCUGCACACCCUCCGCUCCGCAGCGACAAGCGAGAUCCUCAAAACGACGCGCCGACCGCUCCUCCUCCCCGAGCAGCUGUACGGCGACGCCAGGACCGCCUUCCAGACGCUCGACACGGUCCUAGGCUCCGACGAGUGGUUCUUUGGCGCGCCCGAGCCAGCUCUGUUCGACGCCGAGGUCUUUGCGUACACGUACCUGAUUCUAGAUGCCUCGUUCGGGUGGCAAGACGAUGCGCUGCGGGCCUGCCUCGAGGGGUGUGGCAGGCUCGUCGAGCACCGGCGCAGACUGUACGAAUGGUGUUGGCACUAG